GUACUACUUCCUCGUCAAAUUUCUCCAUAGCCACUGAUCGAGCUAGCUGAACGCGGCGUCUUCCAAAUUAAUCAGUUCCAAGAUAGAAUAUGGAGGCGGUGGAGUCGUCGGCCGUGGUGAGCUGCGAGUGCUGCGGGCUGGAGGAGGAGUGCACCGGCGAGUACAUCGGCGGCGUCAGGGACUACUUCGGCGGACGGUGGCUCUGCGGGCUGUGCUCCGAGUCCGUCAAGUACGAGGCCGGCCGCAGCAAGCGAGCGGCGCCGGUCGGCGUGGAGGAGGCCGUGCGCGCGCACAUGGCCUUCUGCCGCAUGCUCAAGCGCGGCGGCCCGGCGGAACGCGUCGCCGAGGGCAUGUGCCAGAUGCUUCGGCGCACCGCGUCCGGGAAGCCUCGGGCCGCCUUGACCUCGUCCUCGUCGCGGCGGACGGUGGCAGCGUCCUCGACGUCGGCGUCGGCGCCGCUGUCGAUCGGUCUCUAAUCCCACCGAUCCUUUAUCCAAGACGACGUACGUGCGGGCAGGUGGCGACCACCGACCGGCAUGCCAAGCUCAAUGCUUGGUUGAUCUUGUGAUUAGGUGGAUGCUUCAGACUACGUCUUCCUCGCCUCGACACAAGCAUGUACGCACACUAGCAAGUAGUACCAGUAGUAUAUCUUGUUGAAUCGGAAACUACGCACAAAAUUAGUGUCUACCUCUGCUUUUUAGUGUGUUCGAUCAGUUCUAGCAUGAUUCUAUCUUCAGUAUGUAACUUUUGAUCGAUCCAAUAUGUUAAACUUAAUUAAGU